AUGCCGUACCAUACGCAAACUCUUCCCGAUGCGAAAAGGCAGUUAGCCGGUGAUUUUCCGAGUGAACACUCAAAACGUAGUCUUAUCAAACUCGAACCGCUUGAACAACGACGAUUCAAGAGUGUAGAAUCUCGUCCGAUCACCACUAGUAACUAUUUGACGGAAAGCGUUGAACGACAUCGUGAUAUGGAAGCCAGCCGACUUAGAGACUAUCUGAAAGCUAAAGAAAGUGAAGCGAAUAAACCGUGGAGUAAACCCGGAUGGCCAGGACCGAAGGUACGGUAG